AUGCCUGAGCGAUCUGAAGCCAACGCCAAAGAGGCAACGCAGAGCUUCAGCAAGGAGGAACAGAACCCGAUCACCAACAACGGGGAUCACAAGUCGAAGCCUGGUAUCACGUUCGCAGCACAGGACAAGCUGCCGAAGCUUCCCAUCCCAGAUCUUGAAGCGACGUGCAAGAGGUAUUUGGGGUCUCUUGAUCCUCUGCAGACCGCGCGAGAGCAUCAUGAUUCCGAGCGAGCGAUAGAAGAGUUUCUUCGAACGGACGGACCUGCUUUGCAGGAGAAGCUGAAGUCGUAUGCGGAGGGAAAGACGAGCUACAUCGAGCAGUUUUGGUACGAUUCAUACCUGAACUUCGACAACCCGGUGGUUCUCAACCUCAAUCCGUUCUUUCUGCUGGAAGAUGACCCCACGCCAGCUCGCAAUAACCAGGUGACCAGGGCAGCUUCAUUGGCCAUCUCAGCGUUGUCGUUCGUUCGUGCCGUACGAAAAGAGGAACUGCCGCCAGACAUGCUCCGGAAUCAACCGCUAUGCAUGUACCAGUACUCUCGCAUGUUUGGCACCGCUCGGAUACCCACCGAGAACGGCUGCCAGAUCGGCCAGGAUCCAUCUGCCAAGCACAUCGUCGUGCUCUGUCGAGGACAAUUUUACUGGUUCGACUGCAUGGACGAGAACAACGACCUGAUCAUGACCGAGAAAGACCUCAGUCUGAACUUGCAAGUCAUCGUCAAUGAUGCAGAAGAGACUCCGAUCCAGGAUGCAGCUCGUGGCGCCUUGGGAGUGCUGAGCACGGAGAACCGCAAGAUCUGGUCCAGCUUGAGAGAUCUCCUCGGUAAGGACGAGGGCUCAAACAACAGCGACUGCCUUAACAUUGUGGACUCUGCACUCUUCAUUCUCUGCCUGGACGGCACCGAACCGAAGAGCAGCUCCGAUCUCUGCAUGAACAUGUUGUGUGGUACCUCGAACGUUGAGAAGGGUGUGCAAGUUGGUACUUGUACGAACCGAUGGUACGACAAGCUGCAGAUCAUCGUGUGCAAGAACGGCAGCGCCGGUAUCAACUUCGAACAUACUGGCGUGGAUGGCCACACCGUGCUGCGGUUCGCUUCAGACGUCUACACUGAUACUAUCCUACGAUUCGCGAAGAGCAUCAACGGCUUAGCUCCGUCUCUUUGGGCAUCAGCUUCACCAGAUCCAUCGAAGCGCGACCCGAAGAGCUUUGGGGAUGUGAACACGACCCCUCACAAGCUUGAAUGGGAUAUGGUCCCAGAACUAUCGACAGCGCUUCGUUUCGCCGAAACACGUCUAGCGGACCUGAUCGGACAGAACGAGUUCGCGACUCUCGAGUUCAUGAGCUACGGCAAGAACUUCAUGACCUCAAUGGGCUUCUCCCCAGAUGCAUUCGUGCAGAUGGCCUACCAAGCAGCUUACUACGGCAUGUACGGACGCAUGGAAUCGCAAUACGAGCCCGCAAUGACCAAGACCUUCUUCCACGGCCGCACCGAAGCCAUCCGACCCGUCACCCAAGAGAGCGUCAAGUUCGUCCGCACCUUCUGGGCUGAGAACCCUGCCGAGCAAAAGAUUGAAGCCCUCCGCAAAGCCUGCGAAAAGCACACCGCCAUCACGAAAGAAUGCGCCAAAGCCCAAGGCCACGACCGCCACCUCUACGCCCUGAUGUCCCUCUGGCAACGCCAGGCCGAAGCAGACUACUCCGUCAACACGUCCGCCUCCCGCGAGCCGGCCAGCGUCAGCACCAACGGCGGCUGGAACAGCCCCACCGGCGAUCGCGACCCAGACCACGACGGGAGCCACGUCUCCUCGCCGAACCGCAACAGCGUCGUGAUGAGCGACGACGGCAGCCAAGCGCCCUCCACCAGCCCGCCGCGCCAGCAACACAGUCUCCCGUCCAUCUUCGCCGACGCGGGCUGGGAUAAGAUCAACAAUACCAUCCUCUCCACCUCCAACUGCGGCAACCCCUCGCUCCGCCACUUCGGCUUCGGCCCAACCUCCGGCGAUGGCUUCGGCAUCGGAUAUAUCAUCAAAGACGGCUCCGUGUCCAUCUGCGCCAGUAGCAAGCAUCGCCAGACCAAACGCUUCAUCGACGCCAUCGAAGCUUACUUCAUCGAGAUCCGGAAGCUGCUGCGAGCCGGGCGGCAGAGGGGGAAGAGCGAGGAUAAAGGCGCGAGUCGCGCGAGGGAGGCAGAGGAGAAUCGCCCGCGCGGGCAGAGGUUGAAGAGCAGGGGGAGGAUUAUCGGAGGGGAUGUGGCGAAGGGGGAGGCUGGGGGAGAUGAGAGUGGGGUUGCUAGUGAUGAUGAGAUGGGGGGUUAUGGAUUCUUCGACGCCGGCAUGCUGCAGGCGGCGCUCAAGUCGAAGGAGGAAGGCGAGCGGCCGAUGGAGAAGGUGGCGCAGCGGAGGGAAGUGGGGAAGAAGUUGCGGCUGAUGGAGUAUUGA